AUGGAUCUAGUCGCAGGCGUGCGCAAAGAAGGCAGCCGCGGCGGCCGCACCGAAUUCAAAUGGUCGGACGUACAGAACUCAACCCACCGGGAGAACUACCUCGGCCACUCUGUUAUGGCCCCAGUAGGUCGCUGGCAACAAGGUCGCGAUCUAGGCUGGUACGCCAAGGGCGAUGUCGAUGAAGAAGAAGAACGACUACGCCGCGAACAAGAAGAACGACAACGCGUCAAGGAUGCCGAGGAGGAAGCUAUGGCUCUUGCAUUAGGUCUGCCUCCACCAGCUAAAGCUGCGAUUGCCGCAAAUGCCAAUCUGGAACCACUUGGUCCGCGAGGCGCACCAGAGAAAGCGGAUGAGGAGAUGGGUGGUGUUGAGAAGGAGAAACCGGAGCGGGAAUCACGCGGAAGUCGACGGCAUAGACGGGACCGCGAUCGGGAUCACAGUCGGAGUCGGAGUCCACGAAGGGAAAGAAGACAUGAGCGCAGUGAUGAUCGUGGGAGGGAUAGAGAGCGAAGACAUCGAAGACAUUAUGAGGAUCGGGAUCGGGAGCGUGAGCGCGAUCGCCAUCACCGUAGCCAUCGUCAGCGGUCUCGAUCAAGGAAUCAUGCUCGCACGAAGCGGGCGGAUUCUCGAUCUAGAAGCCCUCGUCGUGCUCAUGGGCGGAAAGAUGAACAUCGUCGUCCUGAGCGCAGUCAUUCGCCUGAUAACCGACGACGACGGGAUACGGAAAGACGCAAUGAGCGAGAACGCUCUAAUCGACGGGAUUAA